AUGCAGGCGCGCUACUCCGUGUCCAGCCCCAACUCCCUGGGAGUGGUGCCCUACCUCGGCGGCGAGCAGAGCUACUACCGCGCGGCGGCGGCGGCGGCCGGGGGCGGCUACACCGCCAUGCCGGCCCCCAUGAGCGUGUACUCGCACCCGGCGCACGCCGAGCAGUACCCGGCCGGCAUGGCGCGCGCCUACGGGCCCUACACGCCGCAGCCGCAGCCCAAGGACAUGGUGAAGCCGCCCUACAGCUACAUCGCGCUCAUCACCAUGGCCAUCCAGAACGCCCCGGACAAGAAGAUCACGCUCAACGGCAUCUACCAGUUCAUCAUGGACCGCUUCCCCUUCUACCGGGACAAUAAGCAGGGCUGGCAGAACAGCAUCCGCCACAACCUCUCGCUCAACGAGUGCUUCGUCAAGGUGCCCCGCGACGACAAGAAGCCGGGCAAGGGCAGCUACUGGACGCUCGACCCGGACUCCUACAACAUGUUCGAGAACGGCAGCUUCCUGCGGCGGCGGCGGCGCUUCAAGAAGAAGGACGCGGUGAAGGACAAGGAGGAGAAAGACCGGCUGCUCCUCAAGGAGCCGCCGCCGCCGGGCCGCCAGCCCCCGCCCGCGCCGCCGGAGCAGGCCGAGGUCGGCGCGGCCGGAGCGCAGCCGCCGCCCGUGCGCAUCCAGGACAUCAAGACCGAGAACGGUACGUGCCCCUCGCCGCCCCAGCCCCUGUCCCCGGCCGCCGCCCUGGCCAGCGGCAGCGCCGCCGCCGUGCCCAAAAUCGAAAGCCCCGACAGCAGCAGCAGCAGCCUGUCGAGCGGGAGCAGCCCCCCGGGCAGCCUGCCGUCGGCGCGGCCGCUGAGCCUGGACGGCGCGGAGCCCGCGCCGCCGCCGCCCGCGCAGCCCGCGCCGCCGCACCACAGCCAGGGCUUCAGCGUGGACAACAUCAUGACGUCGCUGCGGGGGUCGCCGCAGGGCGCGGCCGCGGAGCUCAGCUCGGGCCUCCUGGCCUCGGCCGCCGCGUCCUCGCGCGCGGGCAUCGCACCCCCGCUGGCGCUGGGCGCCUACUCGCCGGGCCAGAGCUCCCUCUACAGCUCCCCCUGCAGCCAGAGCUCCAGCGCAGGCAGCUCGGGCGGCGGCGGCGGCGGCGGCGGCGGCUCGGGGGGCGCGGGCGGCGCCGGGACCUACCACUGCAACCUGCAGGCCAUGAGCCUGUACGCGGCCGGCGAGCGCGGCGGCCACUUGCAGGGCGCGCCCGGAGGCGCGGGCGGCUCAGCCGUGGACGACUCCCUGCCCGACUACUCUCUGCCUCCGGUCACCAGCAGCAGCUCGUCGUCCCUGAGUCACGGCGGCGGCGGUGGGGGCGGCCAGGAGGCCGGCCACCAUCCUGCGGCCCACCAAGGCCGGCUCACCUCGUGGUACCUGAACCAAGCGGGUGGAGACCUGGGGCACUUGGCGAGCGCGGCGGCGGCGGCGGCGGCCGCGGGCUACCCCGGCCAGCAGCAGAACUUCCACUCGGUGCGCGAGAUGUUCGAGUCGCAGCGCAUCGGCUUGAACAACUCUCCCGUGAAUGGAAGUAGUAGCUGUCAGAUGGGCUUUCCCUCCAGCCAGUCUCUGUACCGCACGUCCGGGGCUUUCGUCUACGACUGCAGCAAGUUUUGACCCCCCCACCCCCGCCAGCACCGUCAAAGCCGAACCGAACCGAACCCCAAAACGGGAACAGCCAAAGGAACCCAGCAAUGCAAAAUCGAAACUAAAAAAGUCCUACUUAAAAAACUUGAGAGACAUUCAGCGCUCGCACCAAAGAACAGAAUCCCUCCAAAAAUUCAGCUCACCAGCACAAAGAAACUCUAUUUUCUUAAAAGAUUAAUUCAGAGCCACCUCUACUUUGCCUUACCUAAAUAAACAAAACCGUAAACUAUUGUGUACAGAGACAACAAAAUCAUGGUUUAUUAAAGGACAGUGUUACUCCAGAUAACACGUAAGUUUCCUCUUGCUUUUCAGAGACCCGCUUUCCUCCUGCCCUCUCCCCUCCCCUUGCCCUGCCUUCCUGGCCUCUCACCUGUAACAUAUUGUUUUAUCCUAUGUUGAAAGGAGGGGGAAAGUCCCCAUAUAUGAAAAUCGCUUUCUUUUUAUUCACGGACUUGUUUUAAAAUGUAAAUUGCAACAUAGUAAUUUAUUUUUAAUUUGUAGUUGGAUGUCGUGGACCAAACGCCAGAAAGUGUUUCCAAACCCUGACGUUAAA